AUGGAUGUUAGUUGUCCUAAUAUAGCUUUGGAAAAUGGACUGGACCUUAGUAAACUUGUCACAACUGGGUCCGUACUUCAUAUAAAUGCAGAUUAUGAUGAUCAAGAAUGUUACACAUUUGAAUCUAAACCUUUUAAGGGGAAUGAUUAUAUUGGAGAACCAAUAGAGUCUUUUGAUAUAUUUGAGAAAGAACUUCUACCUGUAGACACACUUGGCCUUGUUCAGAAAAAGAUUUUAGAAGAAGGAGGAGGUUUGGCUUUAAACAAAGAAUGUACCGUCAGUGUUGCAUAUGCAGGAUAUUGGGAAAACGAAUUUGAACCUUAUGAUUUCACUAAACUUGAUAAACCAUUGGUAGUAAAUUUAAAUGACAAUGGACUUUUACCAGGUGUUCAAAUUGCCAUUGAAUCUAUGUUAGUUGGUGAAAUGUCAGUAUUUUUGUUAUCUUAUGAAGUUAUGUAUGGCGAGAUGGGUGUUCCACCAAAAAUCAAACCAAAAGCUAACUGUGUCUUCUAUUUGAAACUUAUAAAAAGCAUUAUUACACCUAAAGAAGGGAAAAUUGACUUUUCAGAACCAAAUAUAUUUGAAAGAGUUCUGCAUGAAGUGAAACUAUUGUACAGCACAGGAGUCGUAUUGCAUAAAUCAAGAAAUUUUAUUGCUGCAAUACAAUCUUUCAGGAAGGCUGUUAAUAUGUUGCAUAGAUGUCGUCUUGCCAAUGAAAGUGAGGAAGCUGUACAAGAGAAAUUCCUUAAAAAAUUAUAUAUAAAUUUAGCAGUUUGCUAUAAUGAAGUUAAGCAACCAUUGAAAACAUGUAUAGUUUGUAAUGAACUAAAUAGGUUAAGAAAUCUAUGGAAUAAUGAAAAGGUCUUAUAUCAAAAUGCUAAGGCAUUAAGGAUGAUUGGACAAUUUGAUGCUGCUGAGAAGAAACUUAGACGAGCCUUACGUUUCUCUCCUGACAAUGAUAGAAUUUUAGAGGAAUUGAAUUUGAUUCAAAAGACUAGAGAUUCUUUGAAUCAAAGCCGUCUUAUAGAUAGUACUGUUUCAAGGAAUUCUAACACUAGUGCAAGUGAGCAUUUUAAAGAUGAAGUAGAUAGUUUAAUAAAAAAUUUCAAGGAAAAUGAAAAUCUUUGUAAGCUUACUCUGCCUCCUGGUCUUAAUGCAGCUGAGAUUGGAUACAUUAAGGAAGUUUGUAUCAGAGAGAAAUUGUAUUGCAAUAAAUUACAAAAAGACUACUUGUUGGAUAAAGAAGAGGAUACAGUGCCUUUAGAAUCCAAAAUAGAUUUAUUCAUAUAA